UUUGAGUUCCCUGGAGGCACACAUCUGAUCAGUAGUGUGUGUUACAUAUCUGUGUCUCCUACUGUUCCUGAACUGGAUAAACCAGUGACUGUAGAGCUAGUACAUUGUGCUCAUUUGAGCUCUGAAUCUCAGAGUGAGUAUCUGAGCUUUGUAGUAGCUGAGGUUCAACCUGGUAAACAGACCGGUCCUUUUAAGUUUGAGUUGUUACCAGGAGGAUCAUUCUCAGCUGAGUCUCAGACUGGUACUAUAGAAUUGAAGAGUUUCUCACUGGUUGCUAUUGUGAUGGGUACUGUAGCAGUGGGUGGUGUCAGUGUUGCUGCUGGUCUUGCUGCUGCUGGAGCUGCUCCUCUUACUGCAGUGGCUGUUGGGUUUGUUGGAGUAGCAACUAUAGGAAGUUUAGCGUUGAGUGCUGCUUUCAAGAAAGUUCCUUCAUUUCAUUGCCGCGGUCUCUUUUAUAAAAAUUGUUUGCCUGAAAAAGUAGUAAUGAGUCUGGCCGUACUCCAAGAUUUACCUUCUUCUAAAAAGCUUUUCCAAGGAGAUUCUGCCAUCCAGUCCCUCCUGGGUAAAUUGCAAACAACCUUUCGUUUCACAUUUUCCAAGAACAAAGAUCAUCAUUUAAAAGUGACCAAUUUUCCUUCUAAGAAUAUAAAAGGAUGGAAAUUCACCCAAUGCAACCCUCCUGUGAUCAGUGAGAGCCAUGUUGCUGAAUAUAGUGCUAGUAAAGGUUCUGAGCCUCCAUACAUUCAAGUAUCAGUGGAACCUGAUGAAACUGAUGCUACUAACAAGAUAUCCCAUGCUUUAUCUAUUGAUGGUAUACAAACUUUAUCUGAUGCAUCUACUGUUCAAUGGAGUAUUGAAGUAUCUAAGAAUGAUUUAUUAUCAACCACUCCUUUUUCAGUUGUUCCAUCAUUUGUUGCUGCUACUUCAAUGGAAAAUGUACAACCAGAAGACCAACAGAUCCAGCAACUAUCACUUGAUCCUCAACUAGCAGUAAAAGCUUUCAGGAAACAGUUUGGUACUCUAUCAAAAUUGUUAUCAGUGUCUUCUAAUAGACUGGCAGUUGCUCCUGAAUUAUUUAGUGGAGGUCUCAUUACGUUUAAUUGUUAUAAGAAUGCUACUGAAGGAAGUAGCAAGACAGAGGAAGAGAAGAGUACAGGUCUAAUGAUAUCACUAAUGUCUACAAUCAGUACACAACCUGAAUUACUAACUGAACUGAUUAAUGUAUUAAACAGAACAGAACCAUUUAAACUAAUAGCAACUAAACUAGUUGAAGCUUCUUAUCGCUAACUUGCCUUUGGGUUUUAUUAUUAUUGUUGUCAUCAAGAGUACAUUAAUACUCUUGAUUUAUUUUAAUUUUUAUUUUAA